CAACGAAGACCGCAAGGAUAGUUCACAUCCUCUCCGGCUAUGUCUCAAAUCCGAGUGAGCUGGCUACCUAGGCAGCAUCCCAGGCGCGUUCUCAGUCAGCUUACGCCUACAAGGCCCAAAAGCGCGGUCUUUGUAGUCAGCUCACUAGAUUUGGAAACAAUCCACGCGUGUGUGUGUGCCUCGAGGGAGGAUGGAGGUAAUAUUAGGUAAUAUCCGCAGGAUUGAACCGGGGAAAGUUGUUUCCUGAACUCUUGGCGCAGUUUUGUUGAAGCCCGGCCCUGCUGCGCUUCACACAGGAAAAGAAAGACGGAUGCGGGCGAAGGGAAGAAUAUCGAAACGAAAGGAAAAUAUCGAGACAAACGGCGUGAAACCAUGGAGGUCUUGGACACGACGGCAUCGCGCAGCGAGGAGGAGAACGAUGCAGGAGCUGCGGCAGACCUGCAGACGCAGCUAAUCGAGUGUCGAGCUCAGCUGGAGCACUGGCAGGGCCUGGCGAGCAUCUGCGAGCUUAGCAAACAGGAGGAGCUCCAGGAACUGCAAAAACAGUGCGACCAGGAGAUUCAGUCCUUGCAGGAGGCUCUGAGAGAAACAGCUGCUCAGUAUGAGGCUAGAAUAUCUGUUCUGCUGUCAGAACGAUCACAUUAUAGGAGAGCCACUUCGCCCCAGGACACUAAGGGCAUCUCUAAAAAGGGCAAGGUGGAGGGUACCUCUCAUCCACAGGGUGGUUUCCCUCCCCUGCGAGCUGCUGACCAUGAGGGCUCAGGGUCAGACUCUGAUCCGCUGGAGCUGUUGGCGGAGACGUCAGAUACAGAGACAACAGGCCUUAUGAUGGACUACUUUCCCCAGCACUGUGACUCGGCCUCUCUGUCUUCUUUCUCUAUGGACACACCCUCUUUACCCCGACAUACGCCCCCUCAAGAUGACACCGCCUCCCUGGUGUCCACAGGAACGCUGGUGCCUGAAGCCAUCUACCUGCCACCACCGGGACACAGACUGGUCACACAUGCAGACUGGGACAAAUUGCAAGCACAACUUGUAGAGCUUCAAGAGGAGGUGACAGAGCUUCAAAAGCAGAAAGCUGAGCUGGAGAAAGAACUGGAUGUGCAAAGCAAAGAGACACAAAAACAGUUGUCGGUGCUUCAGUCUCAGGUGCAAACCUCUGAGACUCUUCUUCAAGACCUACAGAAAUCAUUUAGCCAGUCACAAAAUGCUGUUCAGAGCAGAUUGGCGGAGCUGUCUUACUCUCAGAAGAGAGUUUGUAAUGAACUCUCCAAGUUGAAAGGUGAAGACACUGAUGUGGAUGAAAAUAGCCUUCCACCCCGCAGUCCAACACUAGAGGCAGCUCACUGUGAGGAGAGGCUUCGUAUUGAAAUAGUCAACCUACAGGAACAGCUGGAGACACGCACAGAAGAAAGGGUGGAAAUUUUAGAAGUUAAGCUUGCCAGCCUGACAGUAGAGACAGACCGCAUACAGAUCCAAAAGGAAAAGUUGGAGGCUGAGCUGCAGGAGUGUCGUGUAGAGGUGCAGGGUCUGCGAUUGGCACUUUCUCACCUUCAGAAGGAGAACAAAUCUCACAUCCAGGAGAAGGCAGUGUUGCAGCAGCAGUGUUUAGAGUAUCGCAGUCAGGUGAUCAGUCUGCGCUCUCAACUAGACACUAGUCAAGCUGUGCAGAAGGAUUUUGUGCAGCUGUCGCAGUCACUGCAGGUGAAACUGGAGCAGGUUCGCCAGGCAGAAUCUUUGAACCAAGUGAAGCACAUUCUAGGGGAGGAGAUUGAAGACACUGAUUUGCCUGCAGAUGCCACAUGAAACAAUAUAAGAAUAGGUGACAUUUUGGCCAACCAAAAGGAAGAGACUCUAGUGGACAAGGAGGUGGUCCUCAAAAAGGGCCAAGCUGAGGUGGGCUGCCUACAU